GUACAGUUCGCAGCAUAUUCCAAGGCUCCUGCAGGGAAUAGAGUCAAACAGAUAGUGGAAUCGUAGCCAUGCUGCGAUAAUAAAAGAAACUGCCAUCCAAUCCGACGAUCUGAUUCAAUCAACAUGAGCCAAUGUGAUUGAUUUUGGCGUGGUAAAUGAUUGCAAGAAAUGACGGUGUCUUUGUAGGCUUACCAUCUGGUUGUGCGACCUCAGUAACGCAAAACAACUUGAUUUCCGAACUAUAAAAGCGAUAAGUAAUUAGGUUGAGUAUCAGUACACAAUAUAUUCUGAAGUUUGAGGACUUCGUUAUCACUUCCAAGGAGAAGGCCAAGAACGAGCUUCGCUUCUUUAACCAACUUCGCUGGACAGGCUUGCAGCAUAGCUCUGUACAAACUACUACAAUGGAAAACUCAACUUUUGGUAGCAUACUGGAAAAUAAUACAGCCCUGUGCUCGCCAUACACUGAUCCAAACUGGUCGCGAGCUCUUAAGGGAGGAACAUAUGUUUUGAUAAUGUUGGUAUCAGUGAUAGGGAACUCUUUAGUGAUCUACAUAAUAUCAAGUGCACCAUCAAUGCGUACAACCACCAACUAUCUGAUAGCUAACUUGGCAGUUGCCGACCUGUUUAUUACAUGCGUCAGUAUGCCUGUCGUCGCUAUGGUCAACAUUACUGGCUUCAAUAACUUUCGCUCUGUCGUUACAGCAGUCAUAGUGUGUAAGAUCAACCCUCUGGUGCAUGGAUCGUCUAUGGAAAGCGCAAUCUUCAGCUUGGUUGCCAUUUCCUUUGAUCGCCUUUUCGCCAUUGCCACACCUUUCAAAAAAGUCAUCACCUUCUACCGUCUUAAGGUCAUUCUUUUUUGCAUCUGGUUUUUUUCAUUGCUGACGCUCUCCCCUCUUCUUUACGUUAUCAAAUUUGUGCAGAGAAAUAACUUCUACUAUUGCUACGAACGCUGGCCGGAAUCAUUCGAUCAAGAACAAGCAGCAAGAGCCUACACCGUUAUCCUUUUUCUCUUGUUCUAUGCUAUUCCACUGUUAAUAAUGGCUGUUGUGUAUCCUAUUAUCAUCCACAAGCUCUGGGGCCGAGGCAAGGGAAUCACGGAGCUUCUUCCAACUUACAUGCAACGAAAGCGCAGGACAAAUAGGAAAGUACUCAAGAUGUUGAUGACGGUUGUCAUUACCUUUGCACUCUGCUGGCUGACAUUCCACGUUCGAAUGUUUUUGGGUUUCUUUGGGUCUACCAAUAAUAUACCAUGCGCACUACAGCCGCAUCUUUAUUUCUUGGCCUUUUCAAUCGCGCACUCUAAUUCUGCCAUCACGCCUUUAAUUUAUUAUUUCUUCAAUGCUACGUUUAGAAACCAGUUCCAGAAAGUAUUUUACAAGUUAUUUCCAAGGUUGUCGCAGUUGUGUGGGUUGAAAGGAGCUGCUGAUGAUGAAUCAAACGCAACUCAAAAUAUCUCACUCGUUCGAUUUCGAUCAGACGCCAUAGCAAGCCGGCAGGAUGCUCUUGUAGGCAACGAUUUGAGGACUAAACUCGGAUCCCAUAGGCCGAGAAAAGUGAGGUAUUCUUCGCCUUCACAAUCAUCGCUGCAGGGAAAUCAACAUUCAUUGUAAUUGGUUUUUACACCUGUCUUCAUAUACUAUAACAUAUGAAAAUAUCACCUUGUUGAGAUGCUUAUGUUUACUAAUAUACGUCCAUGGGACGCAAUCAUGAAAAAGCRGCAGUAAAAACCUUUCGUGGUCUUGAGACAAGCCUUGGGCUGACACACGUAAUUAUAACGUCUUUCUUGCCAAUGAUUAAACGAUCUGACUUAAGCCGAACUGAACAAGAUAAAAUCAAAGAUAUUAAGGAAUCGUAUUGAAGGAAAUUGGAAAUAUUAGAAACGGAUUAAGUCAAUGAAAAGACCAUAGUAGGAUAAGAUUCCAUUUCUCUAUUUAAGCGAAAAUCAAAAAAACACAGAAUUCAAAUCAUACCACGUGUAGGAAAAUCCCUCUACAUACGACUCUGCAUAUUUCUCUAUAGCUUACCGACUGAAUUAAUCGAUAGAAGGAUUAAAAAAAUAUAAGAAUGGAAAAAAAUGUUAAACGAAUAUGAAAUAUUCAAACGGGAAAUUCGGCGGAAAAUGAAAGUGAGCGUCCUACGCCUGUAUUUAGUAGGAAGAUUUCAAGGCCCGUAAAGAUUGUAAGCGAUUUUUUUAUCUACCGAAGUUGCUCUGAAGAUCGGAGUAAAUCUUUAAAGUCAAACUCAUUAUCGGCCGGUCCUAAACGACUCACUAACUGAUUGUCAACGAUACGAUGUGUCGCCGACGGAUUAUCGACUGACAAUGUAGGAGUCUAUAGAAACAAAUUAUCGAUAUGCUGUUGAGUGUAUAAAAAAAAUUUAAACAUGCGAAAAAAUCUUCAAAGCUCCACAAAAGAAAAGAAGAAAUUACUUGACGCAACAAAAAAAAAAAAAAAAAAGGUUAAAAAAAAUUAGUUAAUCAAGACGCAAUACUUGACUCAAUGACCGCAAACAAACGAUUCUCGAUAUUUCGUGAGUCGUCUUGUGACAUAUGUUUGAUAUGAAUACAAACACAGCUUUCUAAAUAGUGUUCCAAGGGUUUGGAAUCCAAGUAUUACCGGAUAUUUUGAAAACAAAGUUAAGUUUUUGAUAUAUAUUGGAAUUGGAAGGGAGGUGCUAACGGCGGGAGAUCUCAAAAAAAAAAAGAGCUUUGCAAAUCAUGUUUGAAAAACAUGAUUUAAUUGAAAUCUUAUAAAAAUCGAUUUAAGGAUUAGUGUCCCAUGUUAAUUAUUGAGGUUAGUUUAUGUAGAAUCAUAUCAAUAUUGAAGGUUCUGGGUUAGACAUGAUUUUAUGAUCGGAAAUAUCAAAAAAUAUUUUAGAAAACAUAACUUAAUAAGCGGUACAAACGAUCUAAAAGCGUUUUAAAAAUAUGUAUAUAUGCAUCUGAUUUCGCGAGAGGUUCUUUUUGUUAAUUUGCGGGCAAAAUACGAAAGAUUGGAUUAAGAUUCUUUUUUUUAGAUUUAUUAAAUUUUCUCCGUUAUAAAAAAAUUUCGUCGUUUGAGCUUGGUUGAGAAGUAUAUUAGUUGUUAUAUAUGGUGUAGAUAGCUAAAUAUGUGGUGGUUUUAAAUUCGAUUCAUUUUGAAAAGGUCCGCUAGACCAAAAGAAAGAGACCCGURUUAUUGCGUGGUUAGAGUACUAGGCUUUUUCGAUACAUCGUACAUAUUGUACUUAUCGUUAGAAUCGCGGCUUGUCUGAGAGACACAACAUCAGUCCCUAAAACCGGGACAAUAAACCGAUUGAAAAGAUAAAAAGCGAAACACUCGCUGAUUUAUAAUUCAGUUAAUAUCUUUUCGAUAAUGUUUUGACGAUGUAUUAUUGUACUUUUUGCAUCAGUAGUYUCUUACAAAGCGAGUAUAAAUAAAGUCGCUCCCAGAUCUACYUCGCGCAGUAUGAACCUCGUCGUAUGAACCUCGUCAUGACAAUUAAAUCAUAUUCUUAUAUCAGCUGAAUAUAUUCAGGCCAUAUCCAUUUUAUUCAAAAUUCAAUCUGUGAAUUGGCCGUGUUUCUGAACUUUGAUCAGCCCAGAAGUUGUUUUAUGGUUCAAUCUGUGAGUUAGACGGGC